AUGCAUGUGAUGAUGAGGGGGGCAUGUGGAGCGAAAUGUUGGGACAGUUGACUUUCUCGUGGAUGUCGAGUCCAUAGUUGAGCAGCCUUGUAACCAUGCUCUGUAUGUACUUUGUUUUUGCGCUCGGGUUGUUUUACCCAGUGCUGGGUACGGAUUUUAAUGAGAGAGAAAACUUGGCCGGCGGGGGACCCGGGUCAUUUCUGAGGAGCCUAAAACCGAGGGAGGUUGGCGGUGUUGGGGAGCGACAUGGCUGGGAGCAGUCGGACCUCUCUAAACGCAGCGCAGAGCUUAAUGAGCAAACAUGUACAUCUCUGCUGGAAAUCGAGUCCACCCUCAAAAACAACACCCAUACUUUCACCUUCAAUGUGAGAAAAAUGGGUUCACUGUCAGUGGCCUGGGUUGGAGAUGGAGCUGGGGUGCUGCUGGUUUUGACAACAUUUCAGGUGCCAAUGUUCAUGGUGCAGGUUGGCCAGUCUAACCUCUACAGAAGUGAAGACUAUGGGAAAACGUUCCAAGAUGUGACUCACCUGAUAAACCACACCUUCGUCCAGACUGAGUUUGGCAUCGCCAUCAGCCCCGACCACUCCGGAAAGGUGAUCCUGACCUGUGAUCUGUCAGAAAUUGGGGGUUUCCGUCUGUUUCGCUCACAGGACUUUGGUGUGAGCUUCGUCCCAACCGAUCUGCCCUUUGAGCCCCUCAUUCAGAUGCUCUACAACCCCGGAGACUGCAACGUGCUGAUGACUCUCAGUGUCAUGCUGGACCUUUGGCUUUCUGAGGACUUUGGCGCCACCUGGAGGAAGAUCCAUGACAGUGUGUGUCUGGUUAGAUGGGGUCCUAAGAACAGUAUCUACUUUACAAGUAACUCCAAUGGAUCCUGUAAUGAUAAAGGAGUGUUGGAGUUGUGGAGGACGCGGGAUUAUGGGAGAAGUUUCCAGACCAUAGCAACAAGAGUCUUCUCCUUUGUACUGGGAGGGCGCUUCGUCUUUGCUUCCAUAAUGACUGGCAUGGGCACUGAGCGUAUGAUCCACGUGUCAGUGGAUGGAGGUGAUAUAUGGAACAUGGCUCAGCUUCCCACAGUGAACCAUGAACAGUUCUACUCCAUCCUGGCAGCCAAUCAGGACAUGGUAUUCAUGCACGUCGACGACCCUGGAGACUCUGGGGUUGGGACCAUCUACGUGUCAGAUAACAGAGGAACUGUGUUCUCCAAGUCUCUGGAGCGUCAUCUCUACACGACCACAGGAAGUGACAGCGACUUCACGACCAUCAGCUCGCUCAGAGGGGUCUACAUGACCAGCGUGCUCACACAGGAAGGCACAGUCAAGACAGUGAUCACCUUUGACCAAGGAGCAACAUGGCAAACGCUACGCAGACCGCAGAACAGCCACUGUGACUCUGAGACUAUGACCAACAGGCCUUACAGAUGCAGUCUUCACAUCCAUGCCUCCUACAGCACCAGCAUGAAGAUGAAUGUUCCCAUGUUGCCUCUCUCCCAGGCCAGCGCUGUGGGCCUCAUCCUGGCUCAUGGCAGUGCUGGAGAUGCAGAGUCUGUGCUCUCCCCUGAUGUGUAUGUCUCUGAUGAUGGGGGCUACUCGUGGCUGCUGACCCUCAGGGGCCCUCAUCAGUACGCCGUCCUGGACUCUGGAGCCCUGCUGGUGGCUGUGGAGCACACCACCUCACCUGUCAACCAGAUCAAGUUUUCAACAGACGAGGGGCGGUGCUGGCAUGUGUAUAACUUUACCAACAAUCCCCUUCACUUCAGUGGUAUGGACAGCGAACCCGGCUCUCGCUCCCUCAACGUCAGCCUCUGGGGCUACAGGAACGACUUCAGCAAAUGGGUGGUGACCACCAUAGAUUUCAGAAAGCUCCUCAACAGAGACUGUGGUGAGGAGGACUAUGUCCAAUGGCUGGCCCACUCUGUUGAUCCCAGUAAUCCUAAUGACGGCUGUGUGCUGGGUUAUAAGGAGCGGUUCUUACGCCUGAGGAAAGACUCUGUCUGCUGGAACGGGAGGGAUUACUCCGCCACCAGGCAGCUGUCUCCCUGCCCCUGUACACUGGAUGAUUAUCACUGUGACUUUGGAUACUAUCGGCCAGAGAACAGUUCAGAGUGUGUGGAGCAGGAGGAGAUGAAGGGCCGUCCACUUGAAUUCUGCUUAAAUGGGACCACAGAGGAACUACAGACCAGUGGCUACCGGAAGAUUCCAGGAGACCAGUGCGAGGGCGGUUUCCAGCCCGAGAGGAAAGAGAUUGACCUGAAGAAGAUGUGCACCAGUAACACCCUCCAUCCAAAGUCUCUGACCGAAAACAGUUCACCACACACUGCUGUCAUAGUGAUGGUUGUCAUGGCGAUCCUACUGAUGAGUGCUGUUGCGGGCGUUUGGCUGGUUAAGAAAUAUGUCUGCGGAGGAAGGUUCCUGGUGCACCGGUACUCUGUGAUGAGGGAGCACGUUGAAGCUAAUGGAAUACAGGGAGUGGACGAUGUCGACACACACUACAUGGAGACAGGAAAAACACAGUACCUAGAUGACUCAGAUCAGGACCUCUUAGAAUAGUUGGAGACCCAGGAGAUUUAGCCCCAAGGCCCUCCAAGACUCAGUUUAAGUAUGUAAGAUGCAGUCUUCCAUGAUGCCUGGGGACCCCUGCUCCUCCCACAUGCCAGUUAACAUCUGCUUCUCAAUGUGCUCACAUCUCGCUGUGCCCCGGUGGCCGCAGGACUCAGCAACAGCGGGCAUCUCUCACACAUUGCUUCCUUGUUCCAGUUGAGGCUCCCACAGAAGGGGAACUGGUGGCUGGGGGAGGGGAUGAGCGAGUGAAGAGCAAGAAGAAACCCUCCGGUGUCCCUGGAGAGCUUUUGUUGUUUCUGUCACGAAAAGUUCUCUAAAGACCAAUGAGUCUGAAUACAUUCUCUGUCACCCUCAGCGUGUUUCCUUUCAUGCCGACCUGAGAAGAGAUGGCCUUUCCUAUGUGUAUCGUGUGAUACAAAGACAAACAAAGACCCUGGACAGUGGACUUGUAAAAUCUGAAUAGUGUCUUAGUGCAGUAGUUGAUGAGACCCAACUUUUUUAGGAAAACAUCCAAGCAACAGAACACAGAAAAUAUUCAUUAAUCUUUUAGCUCAAUGUUUAGGUCUGCUGUCAAUGAAAUAGUUUAUGUAAUCUGUAAAGAUUGCAAGAUACAAUCCUAUUGUAAAGAUGUAUAAAAUUAAAUCAGUUUUUUUUUUUUUUUUAGCAGUGCAGCUUCAUAUGAUUAACAGCUUCUACUCCCCUGUAUGUGUGUUGAAAAUAAGAGACUUGAAUUAUUGCCAAAGCACUUUUUUUUGUUUUAUUAAGUUGAAUUGAAACUUAAUCAAGCAAACUAAUCCUUAACCCAGACAAAAUAUGAGCAUGGAAAUGACAAUAACCCCGAUUUCUUUUACUUGAACUGUCUGGUGUUUCUGUACUAAAUACUAUCAGAAAUAUUAUGAAACAUCUAGAAUGGACUUGAUUAUCAGUUUAAUAAGUGUGGUGGCCAUAAAAAACAGAAACUUUAAUACAUUGACUCACAACCUUUCCCCACACUUUUGUGUUAUAUUAGUUGUUUAUAUGAGAUGUUGGCUGGCUGCCAUUUCUUUAUUAUCUGCAAAGUAGCUUUGACACAUGUGCAGGGCUUAUGGCCAAUACUUGUUUUCUCCAGCAGAGGCAAUAUUACCCCAGUGAAUAAGCUAUUGAAAUAAGCUGGCCUAACAUAGAGGCAUAUUCUCAAGCACUGUCUGUUAGACUCUGUCUGAUAUGAAAGCAAAAUUAAUGUUUGUCAGGGCUAUGCUUGAUGCUUCUUUAUUUACAUAACUGUCAGUAAGAACAAGCCCAGCUAUUUACAGGAUUCAGUGAUUUAUUGUUGCACUGUAUACAGAUCUGUGAAAAAGUUGCAUUUUUGCCUCCUCAUACAUGUAAUUGUUGUAAACUGUCAUUACAUGUGA